GAUAAGGUAAUGGUCCUGGCUAGGUCAGGGCUCUGGCAAGAAGUCGUGAACGUACCAGCCAGUCAGACUUUCCUGAUGCCUGAGGGGAUGAGCUUCGAGGAAGCGGCUGCUCUUCUUGUCAACUACAUCACUGCCUACAUGAUUUUGUUUGACUUUGGAAACCUGAGACCCAACCAGAGUGUCCUCAUUCACAUGGCUGCAGGUGGUGUGGGAACUGCUGCCAUCCAGCUGUGCAGGACUGUAGAAAAUGUCACCAUUUUUGGCACAGCGUCUGCCUCCAAGCAUGAUUCUCUCAAGGAGAGCGGAGUUGCUCACCCCAUUGACUACAGAACGAUGGAUUACGCAGAGGAGGUCCGGAAAAUCUCUCCCAAAGGUGUUGACAUUGUCCUGGACCCCCUGGGAGGAUCUGAUACAUCCAAAGCAUUUAACCUGUUGAAGCCAAUGGGCAAACUCAUCACUUAUGGGGUGGCAAACCUGCUCACUGGGCAGAAGAAGAACCUCAUGGCUAUGGCUAAAACCUGGUGGAACCAGUUCAGCAUCAAUGCCUUGCAGCUCCUACACCAUAACAAGGCUGUGUGUGGCUACCACCUUGGAUAUAUGGAUGAAGAAUUUGAGCUUGUUGGAGGUGUUGUAGCCAAGCUGGUUAACCUGUACAAUCAAGGCAAAAUCAAGCCCAAAAUAGACUCUGUGUGGCCCUUUGAUCAGGUGGCAGAUGCCAUGAGGCAGAUGCAAGAGAAGAAGAAUGUUGGAAAGGUCAUCCUGGUUCCUGAAGCACCCAAGGAAGAAUCCAAAAAAGAAGAGAACUAAGAAGGAGAGAUGUGUGCAGAUUAUGAAUUCAUGGUUUAACUCCCUGAUCUUUGGGACCUGGAAAUGGACAGCUCAGUAGCUUCCAUCUUCACCAGUACAAGAACAUCAUGGUUAAAGUUCAGAUGAGGUUUGCAUGCUCUCGUUGUGACUGACCCUUUGCC